AUGCCGGGCGUCACAUCCACCGAGCCGCAGCCGCAGCUGCUAUUCGUCGAUGGCUCAUUCGAGGAUCUCGCGCGCGAGAUGGCCGACUACCUCAAGGCGGAGGAGGCGAAGCAGCUCCUGAGCGGCGACAAGGAGGCGGACAAGGAGGAGGUGCUGUCAAAGCUGGUCGCGGCGUCGAGCGCCCUCAGCACGGUGCCGGAGAAGGAGUUCACCGCGGCGUCCAACCUGAUGAUCCACCUGGCCAUGCAGUCGUCCGACCCCAAGAAGCUGCUGCCCACGCUGUGCGCGAACCUGUCCAAGCCGCUCAUCGGCUCGCCCGUCCACGGCGCGGGCCUGGCGCUCAACGCGCUCGUCACCGUCUUCAACCUGCUCGAGCCCAACGACCCCGUGCGGGCGCGAGUUUUCCAGCAGAUUCUCAAGUUCCUCAAGGCCCAUGGCAUGUUUGACGGCCUGCGGGGCUACCUGGACAAGUUGCCGGAAUGGAUCGAGUCAUGGGGAACGGAUGCCGCGAUGGCGAGGAAGAUUUACGAGGAUGUUGCUGAGGUCGCCCUCGAGUCUGGAGUAGAAAACACCGCCUACGAGUUCAUCCUGAAGGCCCUCCGAACUUUCGACGGCGAGGAAAUCACCUCCGAAGACGCCCAGAGGCUGUCUCUCCGCGCCCUCAAGAUGGCCAUUUCCUCCAACACCCACUACCUCUUCCAGGACCUUCGCGCCAUCCCCAGCGUGCAGGCUCUCAGCGACUCUCACCCCGUCUACUCCCAGCUCCUCGACAUCUUUGCCGAGCAGGACCUCGAGGACUACAACGACUUCAACGACGAGCACAAGGGCUGGAUCGAGGAGCAGAAGCUGGACGGCGAGAAGCUGCACCGCAAGAUGAGGCUCCUGACCUUUGCCAGCCUGGCCGCCGCCACCCCCAGCCGCGAGGUCGAGUAUGCCAAGAUCACCAAGGCGCUUCAGAUUCCCCAGGAGGACAUUGAGAUUUGGGCCAUUGACGUCAUCCGAGCCGGCCUCGUCGAGGGCAAGCUGUCACAGCAGCGCCAAAUGUUCCUUGUCCACAAGGUCACCUACCGCGUCUUUGGACAGAAGCAGUACCAGGAGCUGGCCACCCGUGUCGACCACUGGCGAUCAACCCUGCAGAACGUCCUGGGCGUUUUGCAGCAGGAGCAGGCUAACGCAAAGGCUGCCAAGCUGCGCGAGGCUCAGGAGCUGGAGCGCAAGCUGGCCAACGCCAACGUUGGAGGCCAAGAGGGCGGACGACGAAGACAGCCGCAGCGCGAGAGGACAGAUAACGACGACUAA